CCAUUAGCCCCGCCAGGCUCCGGUAUCACCAGUCACUUCCGCCCCGGGCCCGGUGCAGGCAACGUUCGUUCAUGGGGUCUCGCACUUGACUGUGUAUCUGGUGAUUGUUGCGUCUGAUAACCAGUCUCAGACGGGCUCUGCUACUCAGGCUCAGGUUUCCGGGCUGAUUUCCAAAAAAUGAUGGCGUCUUUCUUGCCGCAGAGGGCGUUUCGCCGCCGCCGCGAGAGUUCUCUUCCUUCCUGGUACUCCUUUGGACCCCUUUUGUUGGCCCUGGUGCUCCUCCUGCUAUCUGCAGACUGCGAUUCCUGUGGUGCUCCACCAAGAUUUACAACUAUGAUGAUGGUGAAUGUAUCUGCAGACAGUUAUGCUCCUGGGGCUAAAAUAGUUUAUACCUGCCACCUAGGAUACAGUCAUAAUACUGGUUCACCCCUCUUUACUGUUUGUCAGGAUGAUAACACAUGGACACCUCUUCAAGAGGCUUGUAGGAAAAAAUCAUGUAGACCUCCAGCAGAACCUCUCAAUGGCAGGGUAAACAUGCUAAAUGGAACACUCGAGUUUGGUUCACAGGUUGAAUAUGUUUGUGAUGAGGGUUUUCGCUUAAUUGGUACCAAAAUUCUGUAUUGUGAUAUUUCUGGAAGUACAGUUGCUUGGAGUGAUGACCCUCCACUAUGUGAAGUGAUUUUGUGUUUACCACCUGCGACUAUAGAAAAUGGACAAUACUCAAAUGGAAAGGAUAUAUAUCAAUAUGGUGAAGUCGUAAUUUACAGUUGUAAGAUUGUAAGUGGAGCAGAUAAACUUUCACUGAUUGGAAAUAGCCAACUUGUUUGUUCUAACAAUGGAGAAUGGAGCAGUGAUCCUCCUCAGUGUAAAGUGGUGAGAUGUAGCUAUCCAAUAGUCAGUAAUGGAAAACAGACAUCAGGAUUUGGAACAACAUAUCACUACAAAGCGAGGGUUACAUUUGAAUGUGACAAGAACUUUGUCCUUCAAGGCAGCAGCACAGUCACCUGUGGAGCGAAUGCUACUUGGCAACCCCCACUUCCAACGUGUGUUCCAGUGUCGACUCCUCCUCUGUCGACUCCUUCCAGUACUAAAACUCCAAUUCCAAGUCGUCCAGGUUCUGUUCCUCCGAGUCACAAACCUCCAGUUUCAACUCCUCCAGGAUUUGUGCCUCCUUCUGUAGAACCACCAUCUUCAAAACCUCUAGGUGCGGACCUCAUUGCUGUGAUCGUUAUAACUACAAUUGUUGGAGUUACGAUAAUUGUCACCGUAGUGUACAUAUUUCUUCGAAGACAGAAGAGAGGCACAUACUUAACUGAUGAGAACCACAGAGAAGUAAAAUUUAUUUAUCUCGGAGAAGAAAGUAGAUGAAAGAAAGGUUUGUUUUUAUCAUUAAAAGGAAAAGAGAGAUUAAAGCUGAGUACACCACUUGCCAGAAUACAACCACGCCAGCAGAUGAGAAGAGCUGAAUGGUUUCUACAGACCAGUACAUCAAUUUAUCUUUUGCUUUGGUUUAAAUGUAAAGACCUACAAGAAUGAUUCUGUAGUUUUUUUUCACUCUCUUGAGUGCAGCUGUGACGUUUUCAUGCUCACCUUUUCAUGAGGCUUGAAUACAGUUACCAUCCUUUGAUGCUUCCUUGAAAUGUAUAUGCAUUUGGGAAUAAACAUCCUGCCUAUUUUCCCUUAAAUAACACUGUAUAUAUAGGGCAAGAAAGUGACUUUGAAAUCUUGUUUGCUUAAAGAUUAAUGCCAACCCUUAAGAUUCAUUCUUUUAAGAACUCUAUGAUGUACUUUAUAUAUUAUUAUAAAAAUCCUUACAAAUGUGUAUAUACUACUGCACCUCUUAAACAUUAAAAACAAGAAUACUAAAAAUUGACAAUUUGGACAAGUUUGACUUCCUUAACUAAGGAUAUUAUUGGAAAAUUCUCUUUAUCAGGUAAAAUUCUUUUUUAUAACUUCUGUGGUGAUACAAAAAUAAAUUUAUGUAUCAUAUUUGUUUUUCACCUUUUGUUUGGGUGUCAAACAGGUUCAGUAAACCUGUCUUAAGAAAUCAGUAAGAAUUCAGAAUGGGUUGCAUACUUCUGUCAAAAGUUAGGGGGCUCUGGCAGCCAUGCCCGGAAUGCCAGUUCACGGUGUGAAGUGAACAUUGUACCUGUGGUAGUUUUCUUAAAGAGAAUUCCACAAGGUAAGAACUGAGUCUAAGCUGAGCCAUAGGUGGUUUUCUUUCCCUGCUUGAUUAGAGAUGUCAUACUUUAAUCAUGUCGUCUAAAAAUAGGCAGUUUUGUAGGGUAUAAAUUUAUCAGAUGACCUCAAAUUGUAUCAGGAACUUAGUCCAUGUAAGUUGUCCUCGCUAGGAGAACCCUCUUACCUUUCUCUGUGUACGUCUCUCCACGUAACCUGAAAGGCAGAGUCAUAAUUAAGGCAUGUAUUUCAGAGAAGGCAACUUAAUUUGCCUAUUUGUUGUUUGUUGUAUUAAGCAACAAAAAAAGUAAGCAUAGCUCAGACAGUACUUCACCAGUGGACCUCUGCCCCUGCUGAGUCUUUACUAGCCAGGCAGAUUCUCACUGAAAUAAGUUAGUGGGCAAAGAGAAAGACUCAGCCUUUCUAAUUCAAAUUAUAUAUGUAAGGGUUUUGUCUCAAACUUUUAUAUUUAGAAGCACAAAUUGGGUCAAAGGAACAUUACCUUAACAAGGAUAUUAUUAGGUAAACAAGAGUAGGUCAGAAUAAAUAUUGUUUCACUCUAUAAAGAUAUGUUUAUAGCUCACUGUAAGUUUUCCUUCCCUUUGUAAUCUCUGGUGAGAUACUUUAGGAAGAUAAAAUCUGAGCAGAAAUAAACAGUAGUUCUGAAUUAAGUACAUGCCGAAUGGAAAUUUUACUACACCCAUUUUCACAUACUUUUCAAGAAGCAAGGGAUGGCUGUACUAUUUUUUUUUUUAAACUUAAUUGUAGUAUUAUUCAAGCAAUGAUAUAUAUGCUUAAUAAAUUGACUUUUAUAGAAAUUUCUGCUUCAAACUUGAGUUUUUUCAAUUUAGUAUAUUUAUAUUUGAGAUUGAUAUAUAUGUGUGAAUAUAUAUUAUCUUUGUAAAAUAAGUUGUCAAAAAUGUGGGGAAAGUUUAUUAAAUGCCACGGAAAAGCACCUGGGAAAUUUUGGGUUGUAUAUAUGUUACUACAAUUCAAAGUUUAAAAAAAGAAAGCUACAAAUAUAUAUAUACAGUGAAGCUAGAAGUCCCCGAUAUAGGGGUCUUUAUUGAUCACUUUUUGAAAACUGGUUCAUCAAAUUUGGUAAAAAAUAAAAUUGUACACUGAGAGAUG